AUGAAUAUUUUUACACAAAUCGCUACACAAUUCUUUAUAAAUAAAAAUACUCUUAUUCAAUUAUUAAAAGCAUUAAAUUUUCCUGAUGAAUUUUUAACCGAAUUCCGUAACGAUCGUAUUCACAUCGACGAAGAUCUAAUAAGGCGUAAAAUACGUAUAUUAUGUGAAAUAAAUCAAGAUGAUUCGUUUCAAGAUCUGUAUUGUCAUGAAGAUGGCGUUCAAUUCGUGUUUCAUAUUAAUUUUCAUGACUAUCAUUUUAUACGUUUUCGCAUUAGUUUCGAUAUUAAAGUAAUCGCGCUUAUAUUUAAUAAUCAACAUCAAACGAUACAAUUUAUGAUUAAUAAUAUACAAAUAAAAUCAUUAAAUCGUCUAUCAAAAGCAUUUCAAUUUUGUAUUCAGUCUAAAGUUAGAACAUUGGUUAUUGAUGAAAUUGAGCGUAUGUGUAAAGAACAAAAGAUCCCCUAUGAACGAUUAUUUCGUGAUAUCAAACGUCCAUUGAUUUAUGAGAUAAAUCUAUCGAAAAUAAAAGAAUUCGAUCAAUUACGUGAACGAUAUUUAAUUAUUGGUAAUCGGUCUAUUCUGGAUUUUAUACAAAUAACAUAUGUUGAACACCGCGAGCAAGCCAUUGUGUUAGGCUAUCGUUUAAAUACAACAUUCAGCGAAGAAUCAACAACGCCACUUAUUCAUUGUUAA